UCAGCAUCCCCAGGUCAGCUGGAUGCAGACCUGACCGGAAGGAUGCUGCGAGUCGGGAGGAAGUCGUGCCGAUUGUGUCUUUUGACGCCGUGACACUUUGCGCCCUUUUUUCUCUUGGUGUCAAAUACCAUUGUUUCCACUAUGUUCCCAUCCUGUUACUCCAAACCUGCAGACAGCGGAGGCAAGAGGAGCUCCGUCGCUAAGCUGCUGCUGGGAGUGUUCGUGGUGUAUAUGCUGCACACCGCCUGGCUGCUGUACGGCUUCCUUAACACCAAACCCUGCUAUGGAGGCAAGGGAGAGCCCUGCAUUACUUCCUACCUGGCUGCCAAACCCAGACUGCAGAUGAGUGUCUUUACCUGCCUUGUGCCAGAUAACAGCCAACUCACCCUCGCUCUCAGAAUUGACCUCUUUGACCCUCACUCUACGUUUGAGAGACAGGUGAGCGUCUCUCUGCCAGAGGAGACUCAGAAUAAUGGCUCUCUGUACGCAGUUGUUUAUGUUCACAAAGCUGGUAUUUCACCCCUGGAGGACCGGAGAGAAGUCCACUACGCUGCUCAUCUCACCACAUACAUCACUCCUCCACGCACAAAAGGCCAGAAGAAGCGUGAACCUCAAAGGCCUGUGUCGCACUGGAGACCGCACCUGUCCAUCACUGUGAUGUCAGAGGAGUUCAGCUUCAGCAAGGCGGGGCUUCCCAGUGAUGUGCGACGAUACAUGAGGAUUUCCCAGGAGGGCAGACGGACGACGUAUCUGCCUCUGCUGCUGGUCAAUGAGCUCAGCUGCAGAGUCAAAGACCUCAUGGAGAUCAACAGCAGCAGUGUGCAGCUCCCUCUAACUGUGUCCUAUGAAGGAAUCUCUCUGAGGACGUUCAGGUUUUGGAUCCACCUGCAUGACAUAGUUUAUUCCCUCCGACAGUUUGGUUUCACCGAGGAGAAUAUUGAUGAGAUUAAAGAGACUUUGAUAGGAUCCAACCUUUACCUGCUAGUGCUGACUGCACUCAUCACAUCUCUACAACUCAUUUGUGAAUUUCUGGCUCUGAAAAAUGAUGUAUGCUCCUGGGCGAAAAAGAAGAGCAUGGUGGGAAUGUCGAGGAAGUCAGUUUUGUGGCGCUGUCUCGGCACUUUGCUGAUUUUCCUCCACCUGUUGGAGGAGACCAGCCUGCUGGUGCUCCUUCCUGUCGGACUGGGAGCGUGUGUAGAGGUGUGGAAGGUGUUUAAAGUGUUUAAGAUCCAGCUAAGCAGGCGGUUUUAUACAAACAAGCUGGAUGAAGAGGAGCGAAAGACGGUGGAGUACGACAUGCAGGCCUCCAGAUACUUGUCCUACUUGGUGUAUCCUCUGUGCAUCAGCGGAGCCAUUUUCUCUCUGGGCUACAUAUGCCAAAAGAACUACUAUUCCUGGCUGGUCAACACCCUGGUCACUGGUGUGUAUGCGCUUGGCUUCUUAUCUAUGGCUCCUCAGCUCUUCAUCAACGACAAGUUGAAGUCUGUGAGCCACCUGCAGGGGGCAGUGUUGAUGUACAGAGGGGUGAACACACUGAUUUCAGAUCUGUGCGCCUGCGCUUCCUUCUUCUCCUCAUCCGUUCCUUUCACCUCCUCGCAUCAGCUGUCCUGCUUCAGAGACGAGCUCCUCUUCCUCCUGUACCUCUUCCAGCGAAGACGUUACUCUUCAGUUCCUAAAAGAAGAGAGAGUGUUUCCAAGAAAGUGAAGACGCAGUGAAUGAGAAGGACAAGCGGACACGUUGAAGAGCCAGUGGACAACACCGCAGGCGGCCCAUCUAUCUCCGUUCAGCUGGGACCGAUCGACCUCAGAGACGGGAACAAGAAAGGAAACCUCCACCUGGCGGUGACAGACUGAUCUGAGACCUGCGGUUUUUGCUUCUGGCUCUCCACGUCUGCAUUUGCAGAGCUGAUGCUUUUGGUUUUUUUAGUUAAACUUCCAUUUUACUGCUGAAAAGAGUGAACACAGUCAUGUAGAGAGGUUUUAUCUUUUGUUUCCCUCCAGCUCCAUCAGUGGCAUCGGUUCACCUCCUGUAGAGUUCUUGAAUUUUGCUGUGGUGGUGUUGUAACACAUCAAGUAUUAUUGAAACAAUCACCUUUGGUUUUAAAUAGUAAUCUCAUAAACUGACCCACUCUGGACUCUUCAAAGUUUAGACAGAACAAGGUAUCAUUUGUCAUCGUUUCCUUUCUUGAUGAGUAAGCACUUGCAUUUGUGUUAUUGUCACGUAAAAUUCCAAUAAAAUAUGUUAAAGUUUGA